GAUAAAUCAUCAACUCACACCUCUUUAACAAAACACCUGCAACGAAUUUCUAAUCCAAAUAAUUAACGAAACAUGAGGGACCUGACAGGCUAUAUAAGGUCCAGGCACACCUGUGAUUUAAAUCUCAACAACGAAAAACAUAUUCAGUGACCACAUGAAACAAAUUGAGUCAUGAAACCCACUGUAGCAUGUGCCUUACGGCAGUGGCAAAAACUUCUGACCAACAACAGGAAUCAGGAGAGACGCCGAUCCCAGCGCUGGAAAGCGAGAAUGCGCAAAGCCAUCCUGCUUCAUCUUGAGGGCUUCCAGCAGUUGGCCGAUAGCCCGGCAUUUAGUUCAUGUGUGGGUGCCAUUGAUGGGUGCCACAUUAGAAUAAAGACCCCACCCGGACCCAGUGGCCAGGACUACAUAAAUCGGAAGCUCUUUCCUUCCAUACAGCUGCAGGCUGUAUGCGAUGGGAAGGGUAAAUUCCUACAAACAUUCGUAGGAUUUCCGGGCUCAGUGCACGACACCCGUGUCCUAAAAAACAGUACCUUAUACAAAGAGGCUCUGUACCCUCCACCAGGGUACUUUAUUGUGGGAGAUGGUGGCUAUCCAUGCAUUGUACACCCCAUAACGGUCGUAACCCCGUAUCGGGAGCCACUACAGGGGAGGGUACAGAGCCGCUUCAACGGCUGCCAUGCCAAAGCGCGCAGCAUCAUUGAGCGCGCUUUUGGGAUACUGAAGGGGCGAUGGAGGUAUCUCCUGUCGAAGGCCUUGGAGGUGAACCACACCUUUGUCCCUGCUGUGGUAACUGCCUGCUGUGUACUGCACAAUCUCAGCAUUACUGCAGACAUGACUGAACUGUUGGAGGAGGAGGAGGAGGAAGGAGAAGCAGAAGCAGGAGGAGGAGGAGGAGGAGAAGCAGAAGCAGCAGGAGGGGGUAGAGAGGUCUCCACCUCGUCCUGUGAGGGGGGAGCGAGGUGGACAGGGCCGGAGAGACAGACUGGCAGACCAAAUCUCGGCCCCUGACCACAACCCGGUCCAGCUGAACGACCACGAUUAUUGUUGAGAGGAUUUUUAUUUAUGGCCAGUUUUUUUGUUACCCGUUUGUUUUCUUCACCGAUGAAAAAUGCAUUUACUGGCCAGAUGCAUUACUCAGUUCUUUUGUUCGUCCAUUUAUAUGCCUUAUUUCCAAUUUCACCUUGCUCAAGUUUAUUUAGAGCAAAGGACUUUACAGACCCAUAUCUUUAUUACAAAUUGUAUGUGAAAUAGGCCAUCACACAAUCUCUUGAAAGUGUUACGUUUAGUGUUGAAAUUGAGUCAUGUUCAGUGAUAAAAUAUUGUUAUGCUUUGACUGAACUUGAAAAGAAAGAAGAGACAUGUGUUAGCAAUUUUACUUAUGUAGGGUUUGAGCUACAUGCAGUAACUUGCCUCAAUGUUAAUGUAUAUAUUAUUUAUAAUAAAACAUCCCUGAUAUUGCAUUUGGAUACUUUACACACGGUUGGUUUAUGCGCAGAAUUAUUUGAGGUGGAGAUUUAAAAAGCGGAAAUCAGUGGCCAUGACUUUCUGUAUGACUAUAGACAGUUAUGCCUUGGGUUGCAAAAAGACUUUAAAAACGUUGGCUUUUCAGUCAGGUCACAAUCAUAAAAUGUAUAUUCAGCUUUGUAUAAAAUAAAGAUCUCCUUGUAUCUUCAGUAAA